AUGACCUUAGACGCCUCGCAAGCUACAUCUUAUUUGAAAGACUACGCCAAAAAGGAUGGUUUGUCCAUCAAGGAGUUGAUUGACUCAACCAACUUUGGCGGGUUGACGUAUAACGACAUCUUGAUCUUGCCCGGGUUAAUCUCGUUCCCAAGCUCAGAUGUCAGUUUGGAGAGCAAGCUCACCAAGAAGAUCACCUUGAACUCGCCUUUUGUUUCGUCUCCUAUGGACACUGUCACCGAGGAAACCAUGGCUAUCCACAUGGCCUUGUUGGGUGGUAUCGGUAUCAUUCACCACAACUGUACUGCUGAGGAACAAGCAGAGAUGGUUAGAAAAGUCAAGAAGUACGAAAAUGGCUUUAUUAAUGACCCAGUUGUCAUCACGCAGGAUGUCACUGUUGGCGAAGUCAAGAAGAUGAGAAAAAAAUUGGGUUUCACUACUUUCCCAAUCACUGGUAUGUCUACUUUUUUAUUGCAUUUCCUUUCUUUAAAUGAACAUCAAGAUGGAUAUUUUCCACAUUUGCCUCGCGAUAUUGCUGAUGAACAACCUUAUUUUUUUUAAUUAACUUUCGUUCUACCGAGAUUUCAUUUUAAUCGCAUCAAACGAUGUUGGGGAGAAUUAUUGUACCUGAAAUAUGCAUUGCGAGUGGCACUUUGGAAACUAUCAACUUGAAAAAAAAAAGCAAAAUUUCGACAAUAUAUGUACUAACUUUUUUUUUUUUUUUUUCAACAGAAAAUGGUAAAGUUGGAGGUAAAUUGUUGGGUAUUGUGACCUCUCGUGAUAUCCAAUUCCACGAAGAGAAUGCCGACCCAGUUUCAAAAGUCAUGACCAAGGAGUUGGUCACGGGCCAAAAGGGAAUCACCUUGACUCAAGGUAAUGAAAUCUUGAGAAAGUCCAAAAAGGGAAAAUUGCCCAUUGUUGAUCUGGACUACAAUUUGGUGUCAUUGAUCUCGUUGACAGACUUGCAAAAGAAUCAAAACUUUCCCAUUGCUUCUAAAUCUUUCGAUUCAAAGCAGUUGUUAUGUGGUGCCGCAAUCGGCACCAUGGAUGCUGACAAGGCCAGGUUAAGGAAAUUAGUCGAUGCUGGCUUGGACGUGGUCGUGAUUGACUCGUCCAACGGUUCUUCAGUGUUCCAAAUCAACAUGCUUAAAUGGAUCAAGGAAAACUACCCCGAUUUGCAAGUCAUUGCAGGUAACGUUGUCACCAGAGAACAAGCUGCCAUUUUGAUUGAAGCCGGUGCCGAUGCCUUGAGGAUCGGUAUGGGUUCAGGUUCCAUCUGCACCACCCAGGAAGUCAUGGCAUGCGGUAGACCACAAGGUACUGCCGUGUAUGGAGUCACUGAAUUUGCCAACAAGUUUGGCAUUCCGUGCAUUGCCGACGGAGGUAUCGGAAACAUUGGCCACAUUUCCAAGGCGUUGGCCUUGGGUGCCUCGUGUGUCAUGAUGGGUGGUUUGUUAGCUGGUACUGCGGAAACACCAGGCGACUACUUCUACAGAGACGGUAAGAGAUUAAAGAGCUAUAGAGGCAUGGGGUCGGUUGCCGCUAUGCAACAAACAAGCAUAAACGCCAAUGCGUCAACUUCAAGAUACUUUUCCGAGUCCGACAAAGUUUUCGUUGCCCAAGGUGUUAGCGGUUCCGUUAUCGACAAGGGUUCGAUCACCAAGUUCAUCCCUUACUUGUAUAACGGGUUGCAACAUUCCUUGCAGGAUAUCGGCAUUCAAUCAAUUACGGAAUUGAGAGAGAAGGUCGAUAACGGAGAGGUCAGAUUCGAGUUCAGAACCGCGUCGGCACAAUUAGAAGGUGGUAUAAACGGAUUAUACUCUUAUGAGAAACAAUUACAUAACUAG